AUGGCGAUGGAAACGGAAUUGUCUAAAAAGAGGAAAAGAAAGCAUGGCGUGGGUAAAGGAGACAAAUCAGCAACCGUACCAGAAAAUGCUUCUCUCAACGCUGCCCCUUCUGCAGUACCGAAGGAUUCGAAGAAACGCAAGACUGGCCACUCCGCUUUGAGAAAUGGUGGGAAGAGGGAGCAUCUCGAUGACUUAGUUAAGCAGACUGAGGAAUCAGACGACGUGGAGGAAAAUGAGAACGAGGAAAAUGGAGAAGAAAAGGAUGAGUCUCAGGGGGAAACAAACAGACAAACAAAUGGAGACCAGUUGGAACUACCUUCAUUGAAUGCUGUCUCACUACCACAAACUGAGGCUGAGCCACAGAAAUUCUCAGAGCUGAAUCUCUCUGAGAAGACGAUGAAGGCGAUUGAAGAUAUGAAGUUUGAGACGAUGACUGAAAUUCAGCGUAGGGGCAUACCUCCGCUCUUAGCGGGGAGAGAUGUUUUGGGUGCUGCGAAGACUGGUUCGGGGAAAACGUUGGCGUUCUUGAUACCUGCGGUUGAGAUGUUAAGUGCAUUGAGAUUCAAGCCUAGGAAUGGAACGGGGGUCAUCGUUGUUUCACCAACCCGAGAACUUGCACUUCAGAUCUUCGGUGUCGCGCGAGAACUCAUGGCUCACCAUUCCCAAACUUACGGCAUUGUUAUUGGAGGCGCCAAUAGGAGAGCUGAGGCGGAGAAGCUUGCGAAAGGUGUAAAUUUACUUAUUGCGACACCCGGUCGCUUGCUGGAUCACCUGCAAAAUACGCAAGGGUUUAUAUUUAGGAAUCUCAAGGCUCUCGUGAUCGACGAAGCGGACCGAAUUCUAGAGGUCGGAUUCGAGGAUGAAAUGCGCCAGAUUGUCAAGAUUCUACCCUCUGAAGAUAGACAGACAAUGCUGUUCUCCGCCACCCAGACGACGAAGGUUGAAGACCUCGCACGUAUUUCACUGCGACCAGGACCGCUGUAUAUCAAUGUCGACCACCGCAAGGAGUACAGCACCGUGGAGGGUCUGGAACAGGGCUACGUUAUUUGCGAUUCUGACAAACGAUUCCUUCUUCUCUUCUCAUUCCUGAAGCGGAAUCUGAAAAAAAAGAUAAUAGUCUUCUUCUCCAGCUGUAACUGCGUCAAGUAUCAUGCCGAAUUGCUCAACUAUAUCGAUCUCCCCGUGCUCGACCUCCAUGGCAAGCAGAAACAGCAGAAGCGCACGAAUACGUUUUUCGAAUUUUGCAAUGCGAAGCAAGGGACGCUUAUAUGUACGGAUGUUGCCGCGAGAGGUUUAGAUAUCCCCGCCGUUGAUUGGAUUGUGCAAUUUGAUCCCCCAGAUGAUCCUCGAGACUACAUCCACCGGGUUGGUCGAACUGCUCGCGGUGCGAACGGAAAAGGCCGAAGCUUGAUGUUUUUGCAACCCUCCGAAGCGGGUUUCCUCAAACACCUGAAGGAGGCCCGUGUCCCUGUCGUCGAGUUCGAUUUCCCCGCGAAGAAGAUUGUCAAUGUCCAAUCUCAGUUGGAGAAACUAAUUGGUCAAAAUUACUAUUUGAAUAAGUCUGCAAAGGACGGCUACAGAUCCUACCUACAAGCCUACGCCUCGCAUUCCCUGCGCUCCAUCUUCAACGUCCACAAACUCGAUCUUGUCAAGGUAGCCAAGAGUUUUGGUUUCCCCACUCCACCACGUGUAGAUAUUACGCUUGCUGCAAGUAUGAGCCGGGACAAGAAGCAACAGGGUCGCCGGACUUAUGGAAGCCAGCCUAAACAUGCAUCAAAAUUUAAACGGAGGACGGAAGAUUAG